AUGUCUACAUCUAAUACAUAUGACACAAUAUCCACAUCUGUGGCAACCGACAAGAGGAGAGGUACUCAAUAUGUUCUUGAAAAUGGAAAGUUGCCAGAGGAAAUACCACAUGUAAAGGAGAUUGGUGCCACAACUGGUCCUUUGUUGAGUGCCUCUUACUACAUUGGUGAUAGGUGCCAUGCAUUUAAUGAUGAUUUCAUGCUUUGCCAGAAGGAAAAUGGUGCAAAUGGUCCUGUCAAAUGUCUCAAAGAAGGACGGAGAGUUACAAGAUGUGCAGCAAGUGUGAUUCGUGAUUUGAAUGCAAGCUGCAAGAAGGAGUUUGAGCUGCAUUACAAGUGCCUCAAUUAUUCCAACAUGGAGUUCAAGAACUGCAGAAAGGCCGAAAACCUUCUAAAUGAUUGUGUGUUUAAUAACCUAAAACUUAUCAAGAGGAUACCAGAUGAUGGUGGAAAGGAAGUUUUCAAACCGGGUCACCAAAUAUACAAACCUGUGCAUCCGCAUUAUCCUAGUGAAAGGGCCUAUGAUUUAAAGCAAAAGGAGAAGCAAACACAAACGCAAUAA